AUGCUGUACCUGGUGGGUCUGGGCCUGGGCGAUGCCAAGGACAUCACAGUGAAGGGGCUGGAGGCGGUGCAGGGCUGCCACAGGGUCUACCUGGAGGCCUACACGUCUCUGCUCGCCGUGGGCAAGGAGGCGCUGGAAGAGUUUUAUGGAAAAGAAUUGAUUCUGGCUGAUCGGGAAACAGUGGAACAGGAAGCAGAUAGCAUCUUAAAGGAAGCUGAUGUUUGUGAUGUUGCUUUCCUUGUGGUUGGUGAUCCGUUCGGGGCCACGACGCACAGUGAUUUAGUGCUCCGAGCAGUGAAGCUGGGGAUUCCAUACAGGGUCAUUCAUAAUGCCUCAAUAAUGAGUGCUGUGGGCUGCUGUGGCUUACAGUUGUACAAUUUUGGAGAAACUGUUUCUAUAGUGUUCUGGACAGACUCAUGGAAGCCAGAAAGCUUUUUUGACAAGAUCCAGAAGAACAGGCAGAGCGGAAUGCACACGCUGUGCCUGCUUGACAUCAAAGUGAAGGAGCAGUCUCUGGAGAAUCUAAUGAAGGGAAGGAAGAUAUAUGAGCCACCACGCUACAUGAGUGUGAAGCAAGCUGCAGAACAGCUUCUUACCAUCAUUAAAAACAGGAGGCUCCAAGGAGAUGAACCAGAAAUUACUGAAAACACCAUUUGUGUUGGCCUCGCACGUGUGGGUGCUGCGGAUCAGAAAAUUGCUUCAGGCACCCUGCAGCAGAUGUCCACUGUGGAAUUGGGUGACCCACUGCAUUCCCUGAUUGUAACGGGCUCUAUGCAUCCUCUGGAGUUAGAAAUGCUUCAGCUUUUUUCUGUUGAUAGCUGUUCCAGCUCUGAAAAGAAUGUGUUUGAAAGGACCGUUUAAAUAA